GAGUGAGCUACAAGUGGUUUUUGUGUGUGUAACCGAGGGGCUUGUAGCACGACCCCUUAUCUUCAGACCCGAGGCAGACCAUCAAGAACCGUCAUUAUGAACUUCCUGCUGCUCCUGCCCCUCCUGUGCGUCGUGGCGGCCGAUGAUAAUAGUGUCUCCACAGCCAAGCAGGAAGAGCUUCUUUCUACAAUGAUCGUGAAUCAGUUGUUGUUGUCUCAACAAACAGAAGUUUUAAAGGAGCUGCUGAAGGCUUCUACACAACAAACUCAAUGCCUGACCUGUCCACAGCCUUACACCAAGAUCUUGGACGAGUGUUUCUUCCUGAGUCACCACAAACUUACGUGGGCCAAGGCUCGCCAACACUGCCAAGGAAUGUCUGGGGACCUGGCUACACCAAAACAUAUCCUAGCUCUUAAGUCUUUCGUUCAAGAGAAAAAGGGUAAUGAUUAUGUGUUCGUGGGCGCCAGAGGCUCAGUGGGAAGCAAAAACGGCCAGGGAAGCCGUCCAUUUAAGUGGAUAGACGGGAGACUCGUCGCAUCCAGCGACUGGUACCCAGGAGAACCCAAUAACUUAACACAUGAUGAAUUCUGCGUAAGCCUGCGCAUCACUUAUCACCCCGUGCUGAUCGAUAUUUCCUGCUCUGAGGAGUUGCAAUUUGCUUGUCAAUAUUACCAUCCCCAGUAAAGCAACAGCUCUACUUACUAGUACAUACUUCAUGAUGUGCGUGUAUUGCAUUGUAUAUUCAAAGAAAAAUUUGUAUCUUCUCAAUUUAUAACCUUUCAAAGUUUACUUAAAGUAUUCUUGGUUUUAGUUUCAGGAUGAAUUUUGGCUUUAGGUGAUACAGUGAGAGUGUUAGUUCAUUUGAAGAGAGCGCUGGUACAUUGAGAUAUGGACAUGAAAUUGGGGAAAAAAAUACACGUAGAAGAAAUAUACACUUUAAGUAUACACUAGAAAUACACCUUCUAUAAGAGUUUAUUUCCAGUGAAGGUCAAGUCCUGUCUAUUAAGCUCGUGUUCAUAAACAUUUAUACCUAGAAAGUAAUUUCGAGGAUGCUUAAUUCUUUAGCCAGGGAUUAAAAAAAUUCAUUGUAAAUACAAUGAAAUACAUCUUUCCGUGCAUAUUUUCUGGUAAGCUUAAGGUCUGUUGACUGCAAGAGUAUCAUUCUGGUUAUUAUCCAUCUAGAGACUAAGAGUAAGGAUACGGCUGUAGUCUUAGGAUAGGUAAGGCCACUUUCUCCUCCCAGAAUUUUGUCGCAGACUGACAAAUAUCCGUGAAUAAUUAGUUGUUGAGACAUAAUCAUAAUGAUUCAAAACCACAUUAUGUCAUCCUUCAAUAGCGGUAUUAGGGCUUCAUGCAUAUCAUUUAGACUUUAGACUUAGGCCCAAAUUUACUGUCAACUGAGGAUUAAGUGUAGCCACCCUGAGGAUCUGACCCGGC